AUGACGAGUCGGGGUCCGGCUUGGACCCGCGAUCGAAAGAAGAACAAACAGACUGCGCUCACACCACCCCUGUAUCGUACGACGGGAGCCACGGCCAGUUCGACGUCCUUGCCUGAACCAGCACCACCUCAGGAAGCACCUUACCUCGCCCAUGCGGUUCGACACCAUGGUCAACUCACGCUCGUACCUCCGGACAAUACGGGCCGGCGGAGAGUGGCGGGCCAACUCGAUGCUGCGUCGACGUCGGCGACUUCAGUCGCGAGCACCUCCAAUUUGAACCAGCACCAUUCGUCAUCCGUCGUCGAACCGUCUCGUGCGACCAUGGGCCCCGCCGAGGAGAUCUCCGCCCCAUCCCCAGCACCCGCUCCGACCAAGAAGAAGGUCAAAAAGGUCAAAAAACCUGUCGCACCUGCCGUGCCCGACCCUGCAAUACUCGACGCAGUCUUCAACGCCGGAAGGAACGGCAGUCGCCCGUCGACCCCUCCCGUCGCCUCGGCCAGCUCACGCUCAACGCAGAGCAGGGAAAGAGACCGACAGCAGCGGGGUGGGGCGACGGCGAUUGGGCCUGACAGUGCAUCAAGUCGUAGCAUGACCCGAUCCGGGAGCGCAUGCAGCAGCUCGCUCGGCAGUGGUGUGGCUUCGAACUCGAACGUCCGUGGGCCACGAGCGAUAAGAUUGACCCCACCGCAGCAAGGUAAGUGGUCCGGGUGUACUGGUCGCAGUCUAGGCCACGGAUCUGGAUCAUAUAUAUUCCUGUUCGUACUCCACAGCCUCCUCAACUUCGAACGUGAACGAAUACCCCUUCCCACCCGCUUCGACAAGUCGGACUUUGACAAAUCCUCCACCGAGUAAUUAUAUCCCAACUCAGUGCUCGCCAGCACUGCCCUCCGCUUCGAACCCAAGAGGACCGAUAUCACAACGCAGAGGGGCUUCUAUACUCUUUGAAACGCCCGUCGUCGACCCGCGAGCUUCCAUCGCCGCUCCUCCACCCGCCUUCGAGUCACCGCCACCGGCCUACUUUCUCCCAGGAUCUCGGCCACCGUCACCCCUAGACUUGGCGGCCCAAAGAGCUACAGCCUCGACAGCAAUAGGUGGUGGAGAAGAAAUUUCCCCUACCAUACCUCGAGGUGCUCUGGCCGAGUCUGACCUCCCUGAAGCCACCGACCUCGUAACUUCGGACGAUCCACUCGUGCUCGCGUGGGAAGCUGAUCGAGCGGCGGGGAUGGAGCUUGAACUGAGAAUACAGCGGGAUAUGCAGAGACGGCGAGCCGCAGAAGCAGCAGCAACAGCAACAACACCGUUCGGACCGGUCGCGGAGGAGACUGGAGCCGAUGUCGUCACAUUUGACCCGGUUGAAGACGCAACACCUCUACCUCUUCGUGUUCCAACCCCACCCGCCUCCUCGACGGCAAGGGUUCAAGCUGUGACCGUUGAAAGAGCUUCCACGGACCAGACGAGUAGGCCAACGGUAUCGACAUCCGCAACCGCCCCGACUGAGCCGAACCCACCAUCUGCUGAAGAGCGCGAAGAGAUUGCCGCCGCAGAAGCGCAGAACGACGUUCCACGCAUCGCUCGGGCCCUAUCGAUCUACGCCAGUCGAAGAUUCGCCGAGGCUGCAGAACGGAGGAUCGCACAAGCGCAAGCGCAGAAGAGCCCAUCUUCGGCAAUCCAAUCCAGUGUCGUCUUGGAGGAAGAAACGGAGGAACCUGUCGACAAACCUUUAAGUGUGGCUCCAGCUCCCCCGCUCGCCCCUGUCGCCUCGACGUCGUCCAGCCUGCCUCCCCCGCCUUCCAGUCCAGCUCGACCAUUGAUUUCGUCUUCCUCUCCCAUUCCACCACAUAUGUCACCGUCAAUAACCCCUAUCAGAUCAACACCAGAGCCUACCGGUGCGACAGUCGAGUCGUCCGAUUCGGAAGAGGAAGAGGAAGAGGCAGAAGAAGAUCGCCCCGCUCGACUGGCUCGUGCUGUGACCCUUAAUGCUCGACGACGCUUUGCCGAAGCCGCGGAACGACGUGUCGCCUUGGAACGUGCUGCGAAAGAGCGAGAACAGAAUGCGGCACAGCAGACGAGUGAAUCAGGGAUGUCACAGGUCCCGGAAGAGGAGGAGUCUACCGAGAGGGCGGAGGAACCACCGGCCGAGAUCGCUGCAUCGGAGCCUCAGCAACGCACGAGUGCCUUUGAGCAGCUCUUUCCCAAUCGAUCGCGGUUCGGGCAACAAGUAUCGUCGAAGCCACCCUUGCCACCCGUAACACCCCUCCCGCAGCCCCCAGUGCCGCCACCACGACCACCACCUUCAGCGACGGUCGCCGCCCCACCAACCCCGCCGAGCAAACCCCCUCCCCGACCAUUUCUCGAUGACCCCACGGCGCCGCCGCUACCAAGACGACCCGAAGACGUUGCUGUGCGACCUUCGACGAUUGAAGAUGUGCCCGACAUCCCUCUUUCCACCUUGUCUUGCUCGACCCCCGCACUUCCCCAACGCGCCUCGCUGGUCCGUCGUGCGCCACCAGUACCUCGUUCUCGACCCGGCAGCAUGAACCGUCGAUACCCUGUCUCCUCAACUUCGACCUCGGAUCCGAGCUAUUCGCAGGCCACCCCACCUCCCGUCAGCGAUAUCAACCCCUCACUCCUUUCGACGAUCCCCAGUAGCGAGCGCUACUCGCUCCCUUCUCCCUUGGCACCGAGCUCGUUCACCCCUCCGCCACCUCGACCUCGUCGACCGGCCCCUCUACCCCCACCACCAAGAGGAACGACAUCCCCUUCGCCCAUAGCGACGUUCGGAGUGACGGAAGAGACUCGCCGACCCAGUCGUCGUCCCUUACCUGUGCCGCCCGGUCCGACGGAUCGAGUCGAUGCAUUCACGGUUAUGCAGAUGAGGGAGAAUGCGCUUGCUUCUUUGGAGAAUCGAGAACCUCGUUCGUCGGAGGAGUUGACGGAGAAUGAUCGAUUGGCCUUGGAGGCGUUGCAAAGCGUUAAUCCUGCUGCGGCUUCUUCCUCUUCGAAUGUGGGUUCGCGAAAAGCGAGCAAUCCUACGGGUGUUGGUCAGGCUGUACAAUCGACGACGGCGGCACCGACGUCGGACUCGACAGUUGAAGCAGCGAACAAUCAGGACUUGUCGGCAUAUACGGAAUUGGACCUAUUGCUCGCUCGGCUGGACCAUGAAGUUGAUGGCAAUCAAUACGAUGUAAGCCAAUGAGACUUGCACCUCUUUCACUCUGAUAUACUGAGACCUUUCCCCCCCUUAUCAGGAUCUCACGACCCUAGGCGAAAUGAUGGGGUCAGCGCGCGAACUCGGUGCAUCCCAAGCCGAACUCGAGAUGCUCGAUGUUGCCGUCGUCGAACUCGAGCGUCGACGUAUAGACAAACGUGGGAAGGUCAAACAGAAACUCAGCGUCGUCGGCGUGAGAUGCGUCGAUUGUACAAUUUGUUUGGCGAGGUUCAAGGUCGGGGAACGGGCGGUUGUGUUGCCGGAGUGUCUGCAUGCGUGAGUUACUUUGAUGGAGGGGCUUUAGGAAGAAAAGAGAAAUAUAGUGGGCUGAGGUUGACCGUCUAUAUUGUGAUAUGCAGGUUUCACGAAACGUGCAUCGUGAGAUGGUUGACCCGAAGUCGGACCUGCGCCCUCUGUCGCGCCAACAUCUUUCCCGAUCGACCCGUCAUUGAUAUUUGA